GCGCCUCAUUGUUAGAAAUUACAAAGUCCAAGAUUUGAUUUUAAUCAGCCUCCAAGAUUUAUACACCAAACCCUAGCUUUAGAAAAACCCCAAUUUUAUUUCAAAAAUACUGGUCUUUGCAAAUAGUCUCAGUCCUCCGCCGAUGGAUCGUUUAAAGCUUUUCGACAGCGACGGAGAUUCUUCAGACGAAGACCUGUCCAAAAUUGAAAUCAACCAGGAAUUCGCCAAACGCUACGAGCACAACAAGAAGCGAGAGGAACUGCACAGGUACGAAGCUCUCAAGAAGCAGGGUCUAGUCGACUCGUCGGACUCGGAUUCCGAGGAAUCGUCGUCCGGGGAGGAGGAGUUGAUAAAACCGAGCAAGAAGACCGACGCCGCGUUUUUUGAUGCGUUGAUUAAGGUGAAAAAUCAAGACCCGAUUUUGAAGGAGCAAGAUGCAAAAUUGUUCGAUUCUGACGAUGAGGAUAAUACUGCUAGUAAGAAGAAGGGGAAGAAGGAGAAGCCGAUGUAUUUAAAAGAUGUCGUUUCGAAACAAUUGAUUGAGGCGGGUCCAGAGUUUAGUGACGAAGAGGAGGAAAGUGCAGAUGAUGUUGAUGAUGGCGCGAAAAAUAAGUUGAAGAGUUAUUCGCAAGAGCAGGAGGAGCUGAGGCAGCAGAUAGUGAAAUCAUUGGAGGAGAGGGAAAAUGAUGAUGAUGAUGAAGAUUUCUUAAGAGUGAAGAGUAGUGGCAAUGACGAGGAGGAUGAGGAGGAGGAUGGUGCAAUUGGGGAGAAGUUGGAUGAGUAUUUCGGGGAGGAUGAGAAGUUGGAUAAUGACACGAUAUUUUUGAAGGAUUAUUUUAGGAAAAGGCUGUGGCUUGAUGAUGAGAAAAGUAAAGGCCGGGGCAAUGUGGAGGUAGACGUUUCUGAGGAUGAGGAUGAGCUGGAGAAGCAAGAGGAUUAUGAGAGGGAGUAUAACUUUAGGUUCGAGGAGAAUGCUGGGGACAGGGUGAUGGGGCAUUCGAGGAGAGUGGAAGGGUCUGUGAGGAAGAAAGACAAUGCGAGGAAGUCGCAGAGGGAGAGGAAAGAGGAGAGGAUGGCGCAGGCAGAGUUGGAGAGGAAGGAGGAGCUGAAGAGGUUAAAGAACCUAAAGAAGAAAGAGAUAAAUGAGAAGUUGGAGAAGAUUAGGGAGGUAGCUGGGAUUGGGGAGGCCGAAGGGGUAUUUCUGGAUAAGGAUGAUUUGGAGGAGGACUUUGAUCCCGAAGCUCAUGAUAGGAAGAUGAAGGAAGCGUUUGGUGAGGAGUAUUAUGGCGCUGAGGAUGUGGACCUGCAGUUUGGGAGUGAUGACGAUGAAGAUGAUGAGGGGUUUGAGAAACCAGAUUUUGACAAAGAGGAUGAGUUGCUUGGACUUGAUAAGGGCUGGGAUGAGGUGGAUAAGUCAGGUGAAGGGUUCAAGUCGGUUAGAGAACGAAUUAUGAAGGAUAGGUUGGCCAAUGGUGAGGAAGAUGUGGUGGAUGAAGAUGGAGGCGAUGAGCGAAGGGAGGGGAGUAAGAGGAAGAGGAAGCGUAAGCCGAGUGAAGUAGAGAAGGCGGUUAUGGAGGAGCUCAUGGAGGAGUACUAUAAGUUGGAUUAUGAGGAUACCAUAGGAGACUUGAAAACAAGAUUCAAAUACAAACCAGUUAAGGCUAAGAGAUUUGGAUUGACCGCGGAAGAGAUUCUUGCGCUAGAUGACAAGGAACUGAAUCAGUAUGUUUCUUUGAAGAAGAUAGCUCCAUAUAUGGAGAAGGAAUGGAAGGUGCCUAGAAAUAAGACUCUCGAGCUAAAGAAAAAUAGAUAUCGAAAGGGAAAUACUUCUCGGGCUGUUGAUGAAGAUAAGAAGAAAGGUAAGGAGAAAGAGAAGGGUAAGGUGAAAGAGGAGGAGGUUAAUGCGGUUGCAAGUGAAAAGUCGCAACCCAUGGAAUCGAUUGGGGACAAGAAAACUAUUUCCAGAAAGAGGAAGAGAAAAGAGAAACAUGCUGAACUCAAGAUAUCACCGUCGAGGCUUUCGGCAUAUGGGAAAAAAAAUCCCUCCAAAUCUAAGAGCAAGAAGUGAAGGAUGCUUAUUUCUUUAGAAGGUUGGUCCGACUGCUGAAGUUGCCGAAUUUUUGCCGGAGUAUUGAAGAAGAAGGUCGGUCAGACGGUUGGCGUUGGCGGAUUUUUGCCGGCUAGAGUGAGGGGAAAAUGGUGGUGGGCCAUCAUCUUCAAUUGUUGUAGAUUAGCUAACAAUUAAUGUUACUAAUAACAUCUUUAAAUACAUAGCCUAUCACUUUAUCUCCUUAA